CCUUGCGUUCAUCCAGCAACCAUGCAGUCUCUCCUGGGUUUGGUAUGCAUUCUUGGUGUUUGCGCAUCAGAAACAGCAGAUGCUGAAACUUCGAUCGCAACAUUGUUGAGAGGUGGCAAGACUGGCACGACUGGCACGACCCCGGAGCCAAUGAAUUUCCAAGAGGCGGAAAUGAUAGAAGGUUUGAAAGAAGACUUGGCUGCAGCUUUGGAAAGAUUCUACCAAUCCUAUUUUGGAGAGUACGGCCCUACGAGGAAAUAUCUCAAUGUGGUGACAUCUGCUUCGCCCUUUGUGGUUCAAGCUGCCUCCAUGGCCUUCUGGGCCUACGAUUUGGAAUACUUUGAAAAUCGUUGGGGCUCUGACGAUUGGGCUGGUGGUUGGAAAGUCGUGCAAAAAUAUAUCAACACCACCAGCAAGUCUAUAGCUCCAGGAAUGGAUGUGGUGGCACUCUUCCGCCGUGGGAAUGAAUGUGUCCUGUCAUUUGCUGGCACCACAGGUUUGGCGGAUUGGACCACAAACUUGAACAUUAAAAGCCUGCAGAAUUUGGAGGAAUGCGGACUACGAAAUGUCCAUGAAGGUUUCUUUGAAGAUUUUGUCCAGUUCAUGUUGGGUGAUGCAUGGAGCGAUGAGAUGGAACCAGAAAUCUUGUCGAAAUGUGGAGGACGUUUGUCAGUCACCGGCCACUCUCAAGGUGGGACAUUGGCAGAGAUCUUCGCAACCUGCAUCAACCGAGUCGACAACGUGACCUUGCCAGAUCUUUGGCGAUGGGGGCAACUGGUGCACUCAGGGCGGAUGGUGUCAACCCGUGUAACAGUCACAGGACUCUACGGUGUUGCUUCACCAGGAUGCACGGUUGAUUAUCAACUUGAGAAUGCUUUACCUGGUGGAAUUUUCCCUGGAGUGCGGUUCUUCAACAUGGAUUCGGAAAGCUUUGACCCAGUGCCAUGGAUAACUGUGGUCUUGAAUUUUCAACAUGCAAAGUAUCAAACCAUUCAACUUCCCAAUCCCUUCAAGGGUCAAGAUUUGGUCAAGCAUGAGGGAUGGACCUACGAUGCCCGAUGGCAGCCUUUGACCUCUGCUGUCUUUGGAAAAUCCAUCUCCCUGGAUCAUCACCUUGGACCCGAGUACCUGCGAAGGAUUUUAGCCUUCACACGAGAAGUGUCAGUAACAAUUGUUGCAGGCCAAAAUUUCUCGCAGGAGUGCUUGUUGGGCGGAAUGAACCCCUACAUUGAGGUACAGGUUGGGGAGGAGGAACACUACUUCACAGCAAAAGUGAAUGCAGGUUUGCUGGAUGCAGCGUAUUGGAACGAGUCGUUCGUGCUCACCACAUAUGAGCCUGGGACUUCCAUUCAGCUGUCAGCAUGGAAUGAUUGCACCAAAGACUUUAAGAUGGGAAGUGCGGUGUUGCCGAGCGCCGAGUUUGAUCCACAAGGUUUCGCUGGAUGGCUUUCGUUGGACACGGGAGCUGAGUUGGAGAUUUUGGUACAGAUUGAGCACUCACAAUUUUGAUUGGCUGGACAGGCCAUAGCUUUUGUUGGAAAGCAGACCACUGACUUUUCCACAAUUCAUCCAGAAAGUUAGGCUAAAAUCCUUGGACUUCCUUUCUGGAAUGCAUUUCUGUAUAGUACAGCAAAGCAAAAAUGCUGAAUUCUGAGAGUCAUUCGAGUCAUACCCUCGAAGUGAUGACGGUGCUGACAAUCUUUUGGCGUUGCUAAGCACGCCGUCGCCGAGCACUCGGCCCCUUCUGCUUUCAUGGCUUCUUUGCACGUAGCGUAGCAGCCUUCCCAACUGAGAAA